AUGGAGGAGGGGGACGUGAAGGGGGAAGGGCCCAUGGCGGUCAGAGAGGGGCCGGGCGACCGCGGCCUCCCGCCGGACGCCAGCACCACGACCACCACCAACCUCCUGGCGUCUGUCAAAGAGCAGGAGCUGCAGUUUGAGCGGCUGACUCGGGAGCUGGAGGAGGAGCGGCAGAUCGUGGCCAACCAGCUGGAGAGGUGCAUGCUGGGAGCUGAGUCGCCAGCGGGAGACAGCAGCAGCUCAUCGGAGAAGUCGUUUGCAUGGAGGUCUGCAGGUGGAGGGUCGUUGGGCGGAGCCAUGGAGGCGUCUGGACGCCACCUGGAGGCGGAGGAGGGACUCUAUCCGCCCGAGCAGGACCGCCACUCCCUGAAUGACAGUGAGGACUCGGGAGGUCACUCGGCCCAGAUGACCACGUACUCAGACAGCGGCUACCAGGACAGCAGCGUCAGCUACUACAGCAACCAGAACGUGGUGCGUUCGGAGCCCCGGGCCUCGAUAUCGAGGAGCCCGAGGGCGGAGGGCCAAGCCUCCGGGCAGGCGUCCAGCCGGGUGCUGCGGAGGAUGUCCUCCCUCCCCUCCAGGAGCCAGUCUCCUGGCGGUGGCACCGCCGGCACUGUGUCGCCCUCCCGCAUCUCCCUGCGCACAUCCCAAGGCAGCACCUACGACUCGCCCAUCCUCUCCGAGCCCAAACCUCUGGCCGCCGUGUUUGCCGGCACCGCGAUGCCGCCCUCCUGCCCGUCACCGACCUCACCGACCGGCGGCAUACAGGCCCUGGGUCUUGGGGGAAUAGGGGUCUUAGGAGGAGGAGGCAAUGGCGGGCGCCUGGGCUCCACCCUCUCCCUGGUGGAGGGGAGGGUUUUGACGGGGUCCCCCCUGCGCUCGGGGAUGAUGGCGGUGCCGCAGCACUACGGCUCCACACUGCCCAGACAGAGCCAGCCACUGGCCUACGGAGCUGACCCGUACAGCCUGUACCAGAGGAGCGCACUGCCCCGCCCUGACAGCCUCAUAGGGCUCCACAGCUCGUACGCCGGCCACGUGGGGCAGAUGGAUCCAGAGCUGAGGGCGGCGAUGUCUCCAGACUGCCACAUGACGCCCGUCUUCGAUGAGCGAUCCUUCCACAGCCCUCUGUACCAUAGCCCCUCCCACGACCCCCAGGGCUCCCUCUACAGGACAGGCAUGGGGACACUCCCACGGACCACAAGCCAUGGCAGCCACACGCUGCCAUACCAAAGAAGCAGCUACGGGCUGAGCACUGCAGCUCUGUACGUCGACUCCUACAGGACGCCCGGCGAGCCCGGCUACUCGCACCGGCACUCGGGUCUGAUGGACCGGGUUGCUACACGCACCCCGUCCAUCGAGAGCAUACAUAAGGACCCUAGGGAGUUUGCAUGGCGUGACCCCGAGCUGCCAGAGGUCAUCCACAUGCUGCAGCAUCACUUCCCCUCCGUCCAGGCCAACGCCGCCGCCUACCUGCAGCAUCUGUGCUACGGGGACAACAGGAUCAAGGUGGAGGUGUCUCACCUGGGUGGCAUCCAGCACCUGGUCGACCUGCUCGACAACAAGGCGGCGGAGGUUCAGAAGAGCGCCUGCGGGGCCCUGAGGAACCUGGUUUACAGCAAGGCCACCGACAACAACAAAGUGGCGCUGAGGAACUGCGGCGGCGUGCCCGCGCUGCUGCGACUCCUCCGGAAAACAACCGACAACGAAGUGCGCGAGCUGGUCACUGGUGUCCUGUGGAACCUCUCCUCGUGCGACGCAGUGAAGAUGACCAUCAUCCGCGACGCCCUGAGCACGCUGACCAACACGGUGGUCAUCCCCCACUCGGGCUGGAGCAGCGUGUCGCACCGCGAGGACCACAAGGUCAAGUUCCAGUCGUCCCUGCUGCUGCGAAACACCACCGGCUGCCUGAGGAACCUGAGCUCAGCAGGGGAGGAGGCGAGGAGUCAGCUGCGUUGCUGUGAAGGUCUGGUCGACUCCCUGCUCCACGUCCUCAAAGCCUGCGUCAACACCUCCGACUACGACAGCAAGAUUGUGGAGAACUGCAUCUGCACCCUGAGGAACCUCUCGUACCGGCUGGAGGUGGAGAUGCCCUCCUCUCGUCUCCUCGGGAACCAGGAGCUCGACACCCUCCUGGGCUUCUCCUUCCCGGGCAAGGAGCUGGACUACCUCUGCUGGGGCAAGAGGAGGCGCGGCAGGAAGCGCAGCGGCUGGCCCGACGACAAGUGGGAUGACGGGGGGCCGAUCCCAGGCUUCUCCCAGCCUCUGAGAGGAGCCGAGCUACUGUGGCACCCGAUGGUGGUGAAGCCGUACCUCAACCUGCUGGCCGAGAGCUCCAACCCCGCCACGCUGGAGGGGGCCGCCGGGUCACUGCAGAACCUCUCCGCCGGAAACUGGAAGUUUUCGGCGUACAUCCGAGCGGCGGUGCGUAAGGAGAAAGGUCUGCCCAUCCUGGUGGAGCUGCUGAGGAUGGACAACGACCGGGUCGUCUGCUCCGUGGCCACAGCUCUCCGCAACAUGGCGCUGGACAGCCGCAACAAGGAGCUCAUAGGAAAGUACGCCAUGCGCGACCUGGUGAACCGGCUGCCCGGCAGCAGCCCGUCGGUGCUGUCGGACGACACGGUGGCGUCGGUGUGCUGCACGCUGCACGAGGUCACCAGCCGCAACAUGGAGAACGCCAAAGCUCUGGCCGACAGCGGCGGCAUCGAGAGGCUGGUGGACAUCAGCAAAGGGCGAGGGAAGGGGUACUCGAUGAAGGUGGUGAAGGCGGCGGCUCAGGUGUUGAACACACUGUGGCAGUACAGGGAGCUGAGGAACCUCUACAAACAGGACGGAUGGAACUACACCCACUUCGUCACACCCGUCUCCACCCUGGAGCGAGACCGCUACCGCUCCCAGCCGACCCUGCCCACCAGCCCUCUGCAAAUGUCUCCGGUCAUCCAAUCCGGCGGCAGUGCAACAUCUUCUCCAGCGAUGCUCGGGAUACGAGGACACAGUUCAAACUAUCAGAGGGCGCAGUCAUCUAUGCAACUCGACACCUAUUACGGAGACAACAGUUUACACAAGCAGCAGUACACAGGGUCUGAGAAGAAAACACCGUAUUUCAUCGGGACAUAUUCUUCCCAGUCAGGGGAGGAUCUGAGAAGAUCCCAGCAUCCAGAGCCAUUCUACGACGAGCCCGACAGGAAGAACUACAACAGCUACAGAAUGUACCUGUCGUCCCCUCAAGGCUUCGGGGAGGAGCAGUACGACGACGAGCCGGUCCACCUGACCCCGUCCUCCCCCGACGGCUACGCCAGCCAGUCCCUCCGGUUCAAAGCCAACACCAACUACGUGGACUUCUACUCCACCACGCGGAGGCCUUCGAACAAGGCCAACAAGUUCACGGGCUCCCCCGACUCCUGGGUGUAGAUACACGAGCGCGUACAUCGAGCUUUGUCGUCUGUUUCUGUGGGUGUUUGUGUGUGUGGGGGGGUGAGGGGUGCACACGGGUGCUGAAUGAAAGAUGGAGGAUGCAUGUGUGCAACUGUGUUGCAACUGUACUGACUGACCAGGGCGGUGUUCGCCAUGUGCAGCUUUUGAUUAAGUUGCACAUGUGUGCAAUCAUGCAGAUAAAUUCAAACUGUCAAUUUAUUUUUGAUAGAUUAGAUGAUAAAGAAAUUCUAAAACUUAACAAAUAUUUAAUGUUUACUUAAAUAAUCACCCAUUUUUUUCAUUUUCUGGAAAAUUUGUCUAAAUACGUGAAAUCCAGAUGAAAACUUGACUAAAUUGAAGAUCAGACUGUUGCCCAUGGUAGUAGUGUUGCAGCCUCCUGUUGAGUGCAGGUCGUUCAGAGCUCCUCCCACGUCACUCUAACGCCUGUCACAUGACCACCAGGUGGGCGACCCCUCACUGACACUCAGCUGUGAACGAGCCCUCAGAGGUUUCCAACGUGGGAACACAGGAGUGAAGUUUCUCAAAAGAGAGGUGAGGAACUGAAGUAAGUGCAGUUGCCCUUUGAAUUAAAACUAAAUCUUCAAAUAUUUUUACAUAUUUAUGACAUUGGGUGGACAGGGUUUCAUAAAAUUAAACAUUUUGACCUUUUAUCUGCAUCAUUGUGGAUUUUGCGACGCGGAGACGGACGUAGUCAAAAGAUGCUUUUUGAGAGAACCCGGCCCUGACCUUGUUGUUCACCAGAGUGUUUGUUACCGUCAACUGGUUUGUUUUUCUCUGCAGUAAAAGUGUGCAGUGCGUUGGCUUUAUAACAUAAACAUCGUCCGCCAGCAUUAUGUUGAAUACAAGUGAAACAAGAAGUUAUCCCAGCUCCUCAGCUUGGAGAACUUCUGUAAAAAAAAAUUGACACCUGGGCCAAAUAAUAAUUACCAGUAGGUAAGAACACAGGAGGAAACUCUUAACUCUAAAAAUGACUUUUAAAUAUUAUUCGACCCGGGUUUGGAGAAGAGAAACUCGUUAAUGAUAAGUGUCCUCACUCUCGGGGAACCUCUCAAGACUCAGAGAACCGAGGUUACGCCCUGUAACCCGUCGCUCUUCUGUAAUGUUGGCCAACAAGUGCAGUAUAUCAUAAAGUACGUGAACUAUGUGACAAGAACAUGUGAAAAUCUAUUUGUACAGAUACAAUGGUCUAACCGUCCUGUUACAUUGUUGUAUUGAAUAUGUAGAACUUUAUAUGUGAUAAUGUGGAGAAGAGUUUUUCUAUUAUUUAUCGAUUCUUUUUAUUAAUUUACUCGUGACCUGACCAAAAUACCCCACCUGUGUGUUCUGUCCAAAAACUGAAGAUGACGAUGAUGUGCAAUGUUACAGAGGGAGAUGUGUGUAUAGGGAUUAAAGAUUAUAUCAUGACGACAUCUGUAAUCUCUUUUUAAAAAAGACAAAAAAAUGAAAGUUAAAUAGAUAGAUCUUUAUUAGCAUCUGUUGUAGGUAUAUUCAGAUAUGAUGCCACAGC